GUUCAGAGCUAAAAAGUAGUUGAUUCCUUCAUUUUACACGUCUCGGUCGUUCUGCCAUCGUUGGGCACUGAUGCUGUUAUAUCGUAACACUACAGCUUGGGUACAUUGCUAGCAUUCUGCCCUCCUGAACUUUGCAAGUUUUUAUUUUGGUAUCUAUUUGGAUGCCUUUUAACCAGAUAAAGGUCAAUUGUGCUACUUCUCAAAGGAUCAAAAGGGGAGCUGAGUGAGAUUCGACUACCAUGCUUUUGCUAUUUCUUUUCCAUCUGAAACAGGGUGCUUAUCCUGUUAUCCACAUGACUGGCAUGACCACAGAUGCAGCUGGAGACGUGGAGUGUAGCCAUCCAAGAACCAGAAACAGUAGCAAUGGCCUCUUGUAGUCUUGUGGUCUUUGGCGAGCAUAAAGUCAGACAUGACAUGAUAUCUUGACGGAUUAGCUACCACCUACCAAAAGAGAAAACUAUUACCACUUCCACUGCAAUGAUUUACCAAUCGGUAAUUUGGUUCAUGCUGUUAAGGAAUUUUGAGAAAAAUAAUGGUAACCUUGAAGAUUGUUCUUUCUGUGUACAGAAAAUGAAGGAUUUUCUGAACGCAAAAAAAAUAGAGAAUUAAAUUAGAAGGUACCAGUCUCCAAAGUGAAUCUCUGUCAAAGCAAGGCCAGUUCAGCAACCGGAGUAGCAGCCAUGGAGGCACUCUACCUGCUCGCCUCCUUGGCAGCUACCCUCGUCACCUCCGCCUUCCAAUCCCUCCUCCUCCUCCUCCGCCUCCUAUUCCAGCGCCGCCAUGACUCCGGCAGUGGGUCCACCGCUGGCGCCACUCGGCUGUACGAGGGCCGCGUCCGGCACUCGCGCCGGCGCCCGGCGGCACACGCCUUCGAGUACCCCGUGCGCUACGCGCUCGUCGACCUCGACCGCAUGCCGCUCCCGGACCACCUCUCCGCCGACGACGCGCGCCGCAUCGCCUCCACCUCCGGGCCCGUGCAUCUCCUGACAAUACCCAAGAGCGUGGGGUACGAGCAGAACCCGCUAAGCAUUUACUACUGCUACAAUUCUGCGGGACAGGGACAAGAUGGGGAGCUCAGGAUGUGCAUUGCUGAGGUCACAAACACUCCCUGGGGCGAGAGGGUGAUGUUUACCUUCCAACCCGACUCUGAUCUUGUCGCGAAGCCCUUGCAUGUCAGCCCCUUUAUGGAUAUGCUCGGCAACUGGAGUAUUCGUGCUGAUGCCCCUGGGGAUAGCCUAUAUGUUGUCAUAUUAGUUCAGCAUCCAACACUUGGGAACUAUUUCACUGCAGCUUUGCAUGCCAAAUUAGUUGGACACACAAGUAAUUCCUUGAGGCUGGCAACUUUCUUCUGGCUGAUGCCGCACAAAGUUGCUGCGUGGAUAUACUGGGAGGCCCUCAGGCUUUGGCUGAAAAAUGUCAAAUUCCUGGACCAUCCCAGGUGUUUAAACCAGAGUUACAGGGAUGAAGCACUGAAGCGUGAUCUUGAGCUCCGUUCCUCUUGUAGCUUCCUUCGGAAACAGAAGGCAAACAACCAAAGAAGCAGCUGCACUGACGAGAUGCGUGAAAUCUCGAACCAUCUAGAUAGCAAGGGCGACGAGAACAUCACGAAGAGGUGGUGCGUUUGGAGGGAUGCUCAGUGGCCGUGGUCAUGACAGCACAAAGAGGUUCCAUUUUGUGUUCAUUGCAAUACCGUCCGAUGCUCCCCCCCGUAUAAUCAAUCGUCGUCAUUUGAUUUUUUUUCCAUAAGAAUCGUCAUUUGAUUUGACAUUGCCCCUUUCAUGUUCACUAUUACCAAAGAGAAGAUUACUUGUGACAUGUUUUUCCUGAAAAGAAACAUUUUCAUCAGUGUAUGCAUCUCGUUUUUGACUAA